AUGGGUGUACCGAACCCCAAUCUCGACGCUCUCGAGGAGCAGCGCCUCGCGCUCGAAGAAAACAUCCUCCAACUUCAGAAAUCGCUUUACCACUGGCGAACCUGGGAAGCGGAAUACGAUGGACUCCGCGAGGAGAUUACCAACCUAGAAGAUGAUGCUAGCACAGAUGAUUUCCUUGCCGUGGCCCUGGAAUUUGGCGGUACGCUGGUAGAUCAGAAGGAAAUGAAGACAAUACUUGGUUCGCAAGGCGUGACGCGGUCUCGCGGGCAAGUUGUUGAUCUUCUUGGAAGACGCAUCGACUACGUGCAGCAAAAUGUUGCGACCAUGGAGAAGAGGCUUUCGAAGGCUCAAAAUGAGCUGGACGCUUUGGUCUUGAAUGAUCAGCCACCGGUGCAGGACGGUGCGCAUUUCCCGAUGCAGGAGAUUAUGGAGGAGCUUGAUGAGGAUGGAAAUGUCAUCUCGAGCAAGAUCAAUACGCCUGGGAAUGAUGCUUCGGAAUUGCUGGAUGUGCUGAAGAAGGCUGGUGUUAAGGAUAUUCCGGAGACUGGCGGAUCGGAGGAAACUGUUGCAACUCCCGCCGAUGCUACAGAUGAAGGCACGGUCGAUGAGCCAGCCAGCUCAGAAGCUGCAGAUCAGCAGAACGGUUUCUCAAGCGGCGAAACUGUAACCACACUGCCAAAUGGCGCAUCCCUGAAAUUCUCUCAACCCCAGUCUGUGGUGACUGCCGAAGAUCGCAUGCAGCCGCCUGUCACGGACGUGAACGAAUCUGCAGAAGAAGCAAGACUUCGCCGUGAAAUGCUCGAUUACGGGAUCAACGAGGUGGGGGCUAUCGUGGCAGAGUUAGAGAUGGAUGAGUCUGGCAGUGAAAUUUCCUUUGAUGAAGACUACGAUUACGAUUAUGACGCGGAAGAUAACGAAGACGAACACGGCCGCUCUCACACCCACCUCUCAGCGGAAUACCACCAGCAGAUGAUGGAAUUGGAGGCUAGGCUCAAUGCCCGAGGCUUGAUGAACAUGGGCAAGGAUACCACGACGUUCCCAGAGGAAGUGCAGCAAGAGAUAGCAACACCUGCUGAGGUUGAAACUUCUACUACAGAGAGGAAGAAACCUAGGAAACGUGUUGCAUUUGCCGAUGAGCUUGAUAUCGCACCAGCUCCCACACCCUCGGUUGCAGCCGAGAAGGCUCCUGUUCCUAUUGCACCGGCCGCACCUCAGGUGCUCGCUGAUUCAAUUGUUGAACGGACCAGCCAUGUCCCGGAACCCUCUCCAGCCACCCCCGCUGUGCCCAAGAAGGCAUCGCGGUUCAAAAGUGCUCGGGCCGCUGCCCCAGGUACUGUUAGUGAGUCUGUUACUACCGGGGCUACAGUCGCAAAUCCGUCAGAAGUCACCGAAUCUCGCCUUCGCAAACAAGCCAACACAGCUCCAUCAGUGGUACCGCCUGUCCUCUUCCCUGCGACGCCAAAAGAGCCUAAACCCUUCUCCACACCGAUCACUGAUAUCCCCAAUGUCACCGAGAAACCUUCUGCACCUCAAUUCCCACUUGACCGAACUCUAGCCGAAAAGGUCUUUGAGCGGCAGGUCAAGCCGGGGGCCGCUGUGGCCCCUGAACUGGACAUCUACGACGAAGAGCUUCACCAAAAGCAGAUUGCGUCGGAGUUCUUCAAAAUGCAAAACCGCAUGAACGGCCCACCCAAGGACGACGAGGAACAGUAUACUCUCCCUCCUGAGGAAGCUGAACCCAAACGGGUGAGCAAGUUCAAAGCUUCCCGAAUGGGAUAG